AUAGGGCUAGAUACUGUAUAAAUGAGAAAAUCCCAUUUUUUAAGUUGUAUGAAAAGUUAGGAUAAUCAUUUUACUCUAUUUAGUUUUAUUAAUGGUCAAACGAAUCGCACAGGAAGACAAAACAUUCAUUGCCACUAUCCAUAUCGUUGUCAAAAAAACGACUAAACUUAAAUCAAAGAGCUGUUUAAGUUUAAGGGAAAAUCUCUCAAUCUGAAAAAGUUCUAACGCAUCUUUGAUAAAACGAAAAACACAGCAUAAAGGGCAAGGAAUAUUACGAAACAACAUUUGUCAAUACAGUGCUCCUAAACUGAAAUAAAACCAAAAAGGAAAAGCCCUCUCCAUUGUAAAGCGUAAACCUGUUACCUAUUAAGCCAUAGUACAAUUAUACGAAAUGCCUUCCACCGAAAAAUAUAAAUCUACAAGAGGAACUUUAAAAAAUCUUUGAAUAGUACGGAUAUAAAUUGUACAUCAAAAUGGUUUAUUUUGAGCAUAUCCGUUGUGCUGAGUUUGUGUGGCCUGACGGGUGACGGGCGAAGACUGUCACGCAGUCACGCAAUGCUUUUCGUGUGAGAUAUUCAAAGCCAGGUAAGGUGGGGGAGGGUGGAUAAACGCUGUGAAUUAGAGAUGAUUUGUCCCAUCCCCCCUUAACACCCUAAUAAAUAGUAAGCCGUCAAUCAUAAUAUAUCUGCAAUCUUGGUAUCAGCCACGUUUUCUCGUUUUAGAUCUUUCAAAAAAUGAACUUGUCUUAUUUUGGUAAUGGUACAUUCAAACUACAAAAGGAAAUAAAAGCGUUGCUUGGAAUAACUAAGGAGAAAUUAAUUGGGAAAAGUUUUUAUCUAUCACCGGGGAACAUUUUGGAAUUCUAAAACGACAGAUUGCGGGUUUACGCGGUGUGUUUUGUAUACGCGUGAUAAAUUAUGUAGCAAGUAUACGAGAAUUGUCUCGAGGGUGAAUCACUCGAAAGUGAAAAGGAAAUGAAACGUUUAACAUUCUUCUAAACGAUCCGGCCCUUGUAGAUGCUGGUUAACAUAAAGGCCCCUGGAGGACGUUCGGUUGAAAGAAAAAGCGCUAACAAGCACGUAAAACCUGUCCUUCAAUGAUGAGAUCUAGCCCAGUCCCACAGCAGAAAGGGGAUAACCGCUGUCCGAGAGAAUGGGAGACGCAAAAGAGGCACCAACUAAAAAGGUUAGCGUGAGUGUCAGCCUAAAUGUCAAGUCUAGUGAUAUACCGAAACCACCGCCGAAACCUGCCCCAAGACCACAGGCAGCCAUCACACAAACUGCCCCAAGACCACAGGCAGCCAUCACACAAACUGCCCCAGGACCACAGGCAGCCCCCGAACAACAUAUAGCUAAACCGAAUGAGCUAAAAGAGGUACGGAAAGGGGUGUUUCGUCUAGGGGAGGGCGUGGAGGGGUGGCUGGACAAAACGAAAGCAGUUAAAGAGGAGUAUAAAAGGCAGUGUGAAGCGAAUGAGCAGUUCUUUGUGAAGGAGGCAGCACCAGUGAAGAUGGCCCCCCUGAAUGACCCCUCGGAGGGUAAGAUCAUUCUUGACAUCAAAGGUCUGAAGGGUUACGAGCUGGUAAACCUUCUGCGGUGUGUUAUAGAUCAGUACCGAAACACUGAAUUAGGCCCCUUCUUCUUCCAAUUUGCCGACGACAAGAAGUUCAAACUAGAGCUCAUGCCGACUGCUUCGCAGCCUGGGAAUGGCCUCGUCAAGUCAGUCGGUCGGCUUAAGUACUACAGCUACCCCGAUAUGUGUAAUAUGCUGGUUAACGCGGGCGUGACAAGCAAGGGGCUGGGCAACAUGAUCUCUAAGCUCAACACGGAGGGCAUGAAGUCAGCAUUGCACAAUCAGAUCAGUCCAAUCAACGAGCUGCAUUUCAUGCUGAUGUUCGAGGUUGCUAAGCGACUUGUUAGAGGCCCACAUGGCUUCCCCGUGGCGUCACAGCCCGAGCUGGAUCAACUACCAAUCGGAGUGGCCAUAGCGCGAAUGAUCAUCUUAUUCUGUAAGGGGAAGACCUACUUGGAUUACGAGACAGUGUUCGGGGCUCAAGAUAAGUACAACCCUUUCUUAGAUACGAGUGUUGUUCUGCGACGACAGAAGAUCGUGGCUCUCAACAAGGCAUUCUUUGAGGCGGAGGUGCGUGGUCAGAUAAAGGAGUUGCCUCUUAUAGGGCAGUUCCUGAAGUACCACAAUGGGUACGUCCUCAAAAGUGUCGAGGGUUACCUACAAGAGUUACGUGAUGCGUUCGGGUCUCCUAUCCUUUAGAAGAUAAUAAAAAAAACUAUAGCCUUUGAAAUUUACGGAAUUAUUGGAAUAGCAGUACGGGGUCGCAAACGUGAAUUAAUAGGAAUAUAAUGUUAGGGAGAUCUCCCUAUUUUCUUGACGCCUGGCGCCAACAUAUGGCGAACUGACAGAGAAAAGUAAAUUUAAAAUGUGUAAUUUAUCAAGAAAUUAAUUAAGGAACAUCAGGAUCAGAUGGUGAUUCAGAAAAGAGUUCCAAUAGUAACAACUAUAAUAGGUUUAUUUAUUUAUUCACUUUGCGAAGCUUUAAAAUAUAUCCCCUCCCCUAAAAACAUUGCUUGUUAGCUUAUGAAAAAUUCUUUUGUGAUAAAUAAAACAUUAUUUAAAAACA